GUCACUACCAGAUUUAGAAGAAUUGAAGAUGAAACUACCACAAUAGAGGUUUCCAACCUUUUUUCAGCAUUCACUGAUAUGAGUAAGUCCAGAAAAUGGAUUUUCUCAGAAUUAUAUUCCAUGGUAAAUUUCAGUGAGGGCACCAGUAUUCAGGACUUGCUAAAGACACCAACGCAGACAACUACCAUUGGACUGUUUGGACAAACAGGUUGUGGAAAAAGCUCCCUACUAAAUACUCUCCUGGGAGAACCUGACCUGUUACCUACGGGGCAAUUGGAAGCCUGUACAUCAGUCAUUAUACAGGUGGAGGCCAAGUCUGAGGAUAACAACUACAAAGCAACUAUUGAUUUCAUCUCAGAAGAGGAAUGGCAUAAGGAGCUAAAAGGUCUAUUAGAAGACCUUGAAGAAGACAGGACUUCAUCCAUUAGCCAAAUGGCAGAGGACAAAGUCAGUGCACUGUAUGGCAGUGAUGCCACCAGCAAAAGCUUUGAUGAAUUAGCCACAGCUCUGUCUGAUGAAAUCCAACCUUACAUUAUGGCUGAUGAGUCUGGGCAGCUCUUUUGGCCAAUUGUGAAAACUGUGAAAAUUGAAGUGCCCAAAUGGAAGCACCUUCCAGAAAACAUUGUGCUUGUCGAUCUUCCGGGAAAUGGAGACCAUAACCAGAGCAGAGAUGAGAUGUGGAAAAAGAUGCUGAGCCAGUGUAGAGUUGUCUGGAUUGUAAGUGCUAUCACUCGACCUGCAUCUGACAAUUGUGCCUGGGAGAUUUUUGAAACCAAUAGGAACGACAUGGUGCAGGGAGGAGAAUGCACCAGCAUCGCAUUCAUCUGCACUAAAACUGAUGAUAUAGACGCAACGUCUUACAUGAGGAAUGAGAAACUGAAAGAUGAAGAUCUACCUGGAAUCACCAGUGAUUCAGAGAGAGAACGGGCGUGUAUACUUCACAGGAAUAAAAAGGCCAAGGACAAAACGCAUGACAUCAACGUCGACAUUUCAGUCUUUACUGUGAGCUCACAUGAGUUUGACUCACAGAAACACCUGGAAGAAAAAGACACAGAGAUACCCCUUCUAAAAGAGGAGCUAGACAGAUUCAACAACAGAAAACAGUUUGUGUCAAGUGCCAGCGGGAUCCUGCACCUCAUUCAAGCCGGAGCAAUGAAUAAAGACAGAUCUAAGCUGCACACUGAACUUCUUAAGAUCCUGAGAGUGGAAUUGGAUUCGUUGAGAAGGACCUUACAGACACGCUAUGACCAGCUGAAACAAAAACUUUUCGAAGGAGUUCAGAAGGCAAAGGAGAGCCGGGAUAAAGUUCUACAAAAUCAACUGAGUGCACCACGAGGAAAAGGAGGAGGAUUCCAUCGGACCUUGUCAGCCUUGUGCAGAAGUAAUGGCUACUUCAGGUCAAGAGGAGAAACAAGAGAUGUGAACCAGGCUUUGGCUCAAGCUAUGCAAAACAGCAUUGACGAAGAGUUCAAUAGACUUUUCCCUAAAGCAGCUGGUGGCAUGGCCAGCAUUAAAAUGAAGGGAGAACAGGACAAUCAGUAUGGGAAAGGAUUGAAGAAAACAGGACAAUCCAUACAGGAAAGGAUUGAUGAAUUCACCAUCUGCUCCAUCAAUGUCAAUCAGGGUUACAAAGAGCCUGAAGCAGUGCUUCAUAUUCUGAAGUUCCUUAAAGGCAAGGAAGCCAAGCUGAAGGAGAAGGCACACACAGACAUAAUGGAUACUAAGAAAGCUAUGUACGCAUCAAUCAGAGAAACCAUCAAACAACAGAUGACUCCUGGCUAUGAAAAGGCUGACAAGGUAUCUGGAAAAGGGUCUAUGGAGAAGAAGAGGACCAUUUUGGUGGAGCAUGCAUCAUCAGCAGCAAAUCAAAUGUUUGAUCGUGCAAAGGACAAGAUGUUGGAGAAAUUCACAGGCCUUAUGGACCGGAUUGAGGCAGAUUUCAAAAACACACUGGAGGAAGCUGUGAGACACGCCCUGAAAGAAUCCCCAUUCACAUUCAGCAUAAAUGUCGAGAGUCAAAUCAAGAGGAUGAAGGCGUUAUCUGAGCAACUCUGCUGUACCAAACAAGAAAGCAGUAACACCAUUUCCUGGCGAAGCUGUCAAACCUGUGCCCACAUCCAGGAACCUGGCGACUGGUGUGUGUUACAGCCCUUCAUCUCAUUGGAAAAUGGAGGGUGUCAGUAUACUGUAAGUUCUGCUGCAGGGAGCUAUGAGUGCUCAGAGUCUGGUCUUCGCUGGUCGUGUGCUGUUCCAGUCACCCUGCAGUACCUCAUCAGCAAGGAGGAGCUCUUCUGGGCCCAGAUGAAGAUGUUACGGUACCAACCUGCAGGUCCUCUGAUGGAACUCAAGCUCCUGUCAGGAGAGCUGGAGGAGGUGCACCUGCCCCACGCCCUCUGCCUCGGUGGUUCUGACCCGGCUGUGCUAGGUGAUGCAGUCAGGGCCCUGCAUGGCAACGACAGCGGCGUUUCCCUGGAGACUUGCAAGUUGAGUCGCUUUCACUGCAGGCUCUUGGCGCCGCACUUCUCUCUUUGGCAGUUGGCUGUGAAGUUGGGCUUCCCGGUGAAGAGCCACUGCGAGGUUCUGAUCUACGAGCACUGUCCCCGACCACUGGUCCUGCACACCUUCCUCCUGCCCUUGCCUUCCUCAGCCAGGCAGAAGGUAAAGGAGAGGUGGAGGGGCAGGGGCAUCAUCAAGCCUUCCCCCGACCAUGCCAUCUUGGUUGGCUCCACAGUCCAGCUGCACACCUCCUCAGAUUCCCUUGAGGUCACGCCCUCAGAGGUAACCCUUUCGUACAGAAAUCCUCCAACCUUCUUCGAGGUGUAUCUAGGGAACUCACUGCCGGACUUCAAGAUGGAGAUCAAGACUGUGGAGAAGCACACCGUUUGGGAAGCAGUGCUGAGGCAGGGAAUUGACUACUACAGGACACAAGAGCCCGCUGACACAGCGCACGUCACAGAGUCCAACACAGAUGAGCCACCACAGCCCAGCAGGAUACCUGGUCAGGUGGGCAGUCUGAUGGCCGCUGCCUUUCUGGAGGAGAAGAGGCCGAAGCUCAUACAGAGGGUCACAGAGGUGAUGCCCAUAGCAGACCAACUCCUCUCCAAGGGCGUCAUUGGCCAGGAGACCUACGCCAACAUCCAGGCUGCUGCCACCAGUCAGGACAAAAUGAGGUUGCUGUUUGAGGGCCUGCACUCAGCUGGGGUUCAGGGCAAACUGGCCUUCUACACGAUACUACAGGAACAGCUGCCCCACCUAGUGGACGAUUUGACAUGUGGACGCUGUGUGCCAGAGUCUUUUGACCCUCCAGAGAUCAAACUGCCCAUACCGCCUAUCCAUACAUGA